AUGGAAAACCAGCGAAACAUCUCUGAAUUCAUUCUUCUAGGACUUUCUGAUGACAAGGAUGUGCAAAGAUUUUGCUUUGUGCUCUUAUCAUUCUGUUUUGUUGCUUUGUUGAUAGGAAAUAUUCUGAUUCUUAUUUCAAUUCUGCACAGCAAUCUUUUUCACCAACCAAUGUACUAUUUCCUUUGCCACUUGUCCUUUAUGGACAUCUGCUAUACCUCUACUGUUACACCCAAAUUGAUUGGCAGCAUGGUGGAGGGAACCAAAACCAUUUCCUAUGGUUACUGCAUGUUACAGGUCUUUACCAUGCACUUCUUUGGUGGCGUUGAGAUCUUCAUCAUCACCGCCAUGGCCUAUGAUCGUUAUGUAGCCAUUUGCAAGCCUCUCCACUACUUGGUUAUCAUGAACAGGACAAAAUGCAAUCUCCUAGUUUUAGCUGCUUGGGUUGGUGGGUCUGCCCAUUCCUUUCCUCAAUUAUGUAUGAUAAUCUGGUUGCCCUUCUGUGGCCCGAAGGAAAUUGAUCACUACUUUUGUGAUAUUUUUCCUUUGCUAAAAAUUGCCUGUACUGAUACCUACCUCAGUGGUGUCCUUGUGGUUGCCAAUUCAGGAAUUGUCUCAUUAGUGACCUUUAUCAUUUUAUUUAUAUCCUAUGUCAUUAUAUUACUCACUUUAAGAAAUCAGUCAGCUGAAGGAAGACGAAAAGCCCUGUCCACCUGUGGGUCUCAUAUCACUGUGGUGGUCUUAUUCUUUGGUCCUGCAAUCUGUUCUUACCUUAGACCCCCUACAACUUUCCCUGAGGAUAAAGUGAUUGCCCUAUUUUACACCAUCAUUGCUCCUAUGUUCAACCCCUUAAUCUAUACACUGAGAAAUACAGAGAUGAAGAAUGCCAUGAGAAAAGUUUGGUGUCAAGGUUUAUUCUCAAUGGAAGCAUAUAGUUAA